AUGGCCUCCAGUCAGAGCAACCGAUCCAGUGAGCACUGCAGUAGGCAAGAAGAGGAGAAUCUAUGUACCUCCCCGGAUUUGCUAGCUCUGCUGUUCCUGUGCCGUCUGUACCAAGAGAACAAGAUAGCUAAACUGUUGCCAGUCCUGCUCCUGAAGUAUCAAGAGGAGGAACCUGUCACCAAGGAAGAAAUGCUGCACAGUGUGGACCCCCGUUACCACGGGCACUUCCCUCUGUUAUUCAAGGAAGCCUGUGAGUGUUUGUGUCUGGCCUUUGGCAUUGAUGUACAAGAACUGGAUCCCCCUGGCCAAAUAUACGUCCUUUUGCCCGUCUUGGGCCUCUCUUAUAAGGGGAUACUGGGUGACAAUUACCAGAGCUUUUCCAAAGUCAACCUCCUGAUAGUCAUCCUCACAGUCAUUUUCUUGAAGGGUAACCAUGUCAGUGAGGAAGAUUUAAGGGAAGUCCUUAGAACAAGGGAAAUGUUACCACAGAAGGGGCACUUUGUUAUUGGCGAGCCCUGGGAAUUCAUCACAAAGGAUUUGGUACAGUUACAGUACCUGGAGUAUAGGCAGGUGCCCCAUAGCAAUCCUGCUAAGUACGAGUUCCUGUGGGGUCCAAGGACCCAUGCUGAAACCACCAAGAUGAAAGUCCUAGAGCAUUUGGCCAAGGUGAGCAUGCGUGAUCCCAGGUCCUACACACAUCUCUAUGCCGAGGCUUUGAGAGAGGAGCAAGAGGCUGCCCAUUCAUGUGCUAUGGGCCAGUGA